GUGGACAAACUGCAAAUACAGGAUCGCUGGAUGCAUACAAGAACUACAAAUUCAGAUCGAGUUGCGCAGUAUGAAUUUCUAGCCAUUUAAAUAUACGUGCAAAAUGGCUGCACAGGUCGACUUGGGCUGUAUUAAAGUAGAAAAUAAGGUAAGGGACAGUCUUGAUAAAUUAGCCAAAGAAAAGAAGAAAAAAAUCAAGAGGGAGCUGUCACUGUCAGCGGUUAAACGCCAGCGUUCAUCCGAGAAGGAGGCAAAGAAAGUGAAGCUCCAUCAUCACCACCACCAUCACCCACAACAUGUUCAACAGCAGCGGAUACACCAGCCGCAUCAGAAUGGCCAACCACGCAACUCCAGCACCGAAAAACCUACUCUGCAUCACUACCACCAGCAUUAUCACCACCAUCAGCACCACCACCACAACACCAAAGGCGCAAAGGACACGCACCCUCAACCUCCUCUGCCAGCGCAGAAGGUGGUACCCGCAGCAGCCAAGUUGGACACGAAAAAAAACCCGGUUCUGCCUCCUGUGCCGCCUGGACUGUUCACUUUCACGCCCCUCAAAGUGGCCAAGGCCAAGAUACAGGAGAACAAGGAAAAGCACAGUGAGAAAGAGCUCAAACUCAAGAAGGAAAACACAGAGGCUAACGUGAAACAUGGAGUAGGCCUAUGUAAGAAAAAUAAAGAGCCCCAUCAUGAUGAGAACAGCCAGGCCCAGUCCCUGGAGGUGUACCUGUUGAGGAGGAAGAAGAAGAAGAGGCGGCGCCGUGAGGAUGAGCGUGGUAAGAAGAUCGGCACGUUCAACAAGGAGGUCCAGACUGUGUACGGAGGUCUGGCUGACCACAGUCCUUCAGCCCACCUUGGCCACAUGAAGAAGGAGGGGAAACACUGCCAGCCUGGCACAGGCCCCAACAACCACCGCAGUCCUAAAGGGGUACACAGCCACAACCACACCCACCCCCCCUUCCUCUCCCCCCAAGACCACUUCAUCCGCAGCUCGUCUCUGCAGACAGGCACCGUCUAUGGACGCUUCAUCCACGAGGAGCGCCAGGCCAAUGGUGGGGCGUCGGUCCUGCACGCCUAUGCUGAUGAGCUGGCCUCUUUACAGUCCGAGGAGAUGGAGCGCUUCACCCAGGAGUUCCUAGAGCUUGCCUUCGCUGAGAGACCCAGAGGGGCAGCCCGCUAUGCCCUGGCUGUGGUGCACGGGGCUGCUGCCUACCUACCUGACUUCCUGGACUACUUUGCCUUCAACUUCCCCUCCACGCCGGUCAAGAUGGAGAUCCUGGGGAAGAAGGAUAUAGAGACCACUACUAUCGCGAACUUCCACUCUCAGGUGGGUCGGACCUACUGCUCGGGGACGUACCGGGCCGGUCCUAUGAGACAGAUCAGUCUGGUGGGAGCCAUGGCUGAGGAGGUGGGGGACUACUUCCCAGAGUUCCUGGACAUGCUGGAGGAGUCCCCCUUUCUAAAGAUGACCCUGCCUUGGGGCAGUCUCUCCAGCCUGAAGCUGGACUGUCGUUCCCAGAGUGAUGAUGGACCCAUCAUGUGGGUCCGGCCGGGCGAGCAGAUGGUGCCAACCGCUGACAUGCCCAAGUCUCCCUUCAAACGGCGCAGGUCCAUGAAUGAGAUAAAGAACCUUCACUACCUGCCUAGGACCAGUGAGCCCAGAGAGGUGCUGUUUGAGGAUCGGACCAGGGCUCAUGCUGACCACGUGGGCCAGAGCUUUGACUGGCAGAGUACCGCAGCAGUAGGUGUGCUGAAGGCGGUGCAGUUUGGAGAGUGGAGUGAGCGUCCGAGGAUAACCAAAGACGCGGUGUGUUUCCACGCGGAGGACUUUAACGAUGUGGUCCAGAGGCUGCAGCUGGAUCUGUACGAGCCCCCUGUGUCUCAGUGUGUCCAGUGGGUGGACGAUGCCAAGCUGAACCAGCUGAGGCGGGAGGGCAUCCGCUAUGUCCGCGUGCAGCUGUGUGACGACGACAUCUACUUCAUCCCCCGGAAUGUUAUCCACCAGUUCAAGACUGUCUCGGCAGUCUGCAGCCUGGCCUGGCACAUCCGCCUCAGACAGUACCAUGAGGAGAAGGACGGGGGGGAGCAUGCCCAACACAAGCCCAACAACCAGACCAUAACAUCCGGUCAAAUAUUUUCAUCCUCCCUCUCCCCAGCCCAGCCAGAUGCCAAAGUGCUCCACUGCGCUGGUCCACCACAGAGAGACAGGACCCAGGGAGGGGUGGCCAAGACAGAGGAACUGGUGUUUCAGAGGCCUGCUACUCCACCCAGAGAGCCCCAACCAGCCCCUCCUCAGCCUGCCAAGUCUGCCCACCUGCCACCUCCCUACCCGGGCAUCAGCCCCCUGCCACCUGUCUCCUCUGGUUCUGGUUCUAACCCUCCCACACUGGAGCCCAGGCUUCCACAGGCCCUGGUCCGGCCUCCCCCUGGUCUAGACUACAACUCACCCCGACCCCACCAUGAUGUACAGCGUCACUGCCCCACUGACUUCCUCAAAUGACCUGCCCUCCCCUUUACUCCUUUACCUACAGUUGAAGUCAGAAGUUUACAUACACUUAGGUUGGAGUCAUUAAAACUUGUUUUUCAACCACUCCC